UUUUGCGUGCUGUCAAACGCUGAAUUUCACAUUUCCACCACAAGAAAAAAGAAGAGAAGAAAGAAGCGCAGACGACCAUUGCUGAAGUGCGUGAGAUACCACCGAAAAAACGAGCUAAAUCACUUAAAUGCUGAUUAACCGCCAGCCAAUCUGUUAAAACCAACGGCAACUAGGCGAACGCCGCAGAAACCUGCCGACAAUUACGUGAACCAACGCAAGGGCACCCGUGCAAUUGGCAUUUUAAUUGGCGACUUUAGCUGCGAACGGCGCGCCGAAAAAUGGUCAAUUCAUCUGGCAGCGAGGAUGGCCAGCUGCGAAGCCCCAACGAUGGGCAUUAUCACAGGCCAAAAAGUGUGUACUUGUCCCAUGACCGAGGCGCGCGAUGGCCAACAACAAACCUAAUAAUAAUCGUAAUAAAAAUAAAAAAAAAGAACCAACAAAGCUAUUUAAAAAAAAUGCAAAAUUAAAACGAACGAAAAAAGUACAAAAAGUAUGUGCAAAUUCGAGUUUAAAACUGUGCACCUGCAGUGUCAACGGCAGAUGGGACCAAAUCUUCUCAAGCCAACCUACACUAAUCUCGCUUGACACGCCGCUGGCAAGUUAAAUGUGUUCCGAGAACCGAAUACCGAAAACCCGAGAAUCGGGAUAGAGAUCCGAUAAGCUCCGAACCGACGGAUCGAUCGAUUCGAUCCCUCUCAUGUGCUGCUGGCGCCGAGGCGAGGAGGAUGAGCACGAGGGGGACGCUGAUGCAUUGUACAUACAACCACCGCAGGCCAGCCGAGAAUCGGGAUCCGGUUCCAGGCGAGAGAAGAAGAAACAUUCCCGCGAGCGUCGACGCCACAAGGAACGGGAAAAUGUGGGCGGUGCUGCACCAGGACCAGAACGGGAUCAUCGAUUUGACUAUCGGAGCCGGGAGGAGCACUACCACCACCACCAUCGCGAACGGAGCAGCAAUGUGGCUGCAGCUUAUGCGAAACACCACCUAAGUCAUGCCUACCAUUACCCCCAGCCGCCUCAACAGCAGCAACAGUCCCUACCUCCGGCGCCCAGCUAUGCUGCCCACCAUCAUCAUCAUCACCAGCAUUUAAGUGGAGCUCGAGCCGCUCCCCGCGAUUAUCAUUCCUAUCCAUCGGGCUAUCACUCGAGCAGUCGGCACGGCGACUACACUAUGGAGGAGCCAGCGCGUCGCAGUAGUAAAUAUGCGGAGAGCAAGGAUGCUGAGAGCCUGGAACAGGAUCUGCGUUCCAGGCUACUAAAAAAGCGGCAUAACUACGUUAAGGACUAUGAAACGGAGGAAAACUUUGAGCAUCGGGUCGAAAGAAGUGAUCGGCGGGAAGGAGGACGCAAGGAGAGAGAGCGGACUGGGCGAAGUACCCACAAGCAAAACCGUCACGACCGAGUCAUUGAGCUGCUGGACAGUCCCGGACAGGAGCACCACCAUCAGCACAAAUCGCAUCGCAGCAAGUGGCGCGAGGAAGUUGAGGUCAGCAGACAAAAGAUGCCCGAGGACUUAGAGCUGUUGGCUCGCAGAGAAAAACUUCUUGCCGCUGAACGGGACAACCGGCAGCGAAAGCAGACGGCUCGUGAGGAACUGGAAGCUCGGCGAGAGUUGCUCCGCGAGCGAAACGAGCACAGCGAUGCACUAAGUCCAACAACAGUAGCUGCAAGCGUAACCGCUGGUUUGAACAUUCAUGUAAAGAGGAAGUCCAAGCCUGAUAGCUAUGAGAAGGAAAUCAAACUCAAGAAGCGGCGGGAGGAAGAUAUCGAGGUUAUCCGAGAUGAUGACGAUGAAGAGAGCGAAGAGAGCGACUCAAAUGAGGAGGAUCCCGAGGAGGACAGCGCAACAGAAUCUGGAAGUGAAGACAGCUAUGCUAGCAGAAAAAAGAGCAAGAUUAAAUCCAAGUCACAAUUGGAAGACGACGACGAAGACUUACCCUUGCCCGAUAGUCCACUUAGCGUGGGUGACCUAUACAAGUCACCCAAACAGCGUCAGCGAUCUCGCUCUGUAAGCUCUAAGAGCAGCUCCCAGUCCAGUCGAAAUAGUCGAUCCAGAUCUCGUUCUAGAAGUCAAAGCAGCCUGGAGGAUGAAGUAGAUCGGCGAGUCGCGGAAGCAGCUGCCUCACCCAGCAGCAGCACGCGCAGCGAGGAACGUGGAAUGACCCAAGAGCAGCCUGAAGAGAAGCCCGAGGAGAAACUCAAAGAGAAACAAAAGUCUCUGGAGGAGCAAAUUCCGUGCGAUGACAAGGGCGUUCCACUGCCCAACUAUUAUCCCGGUGUACAGGGCUGCCGCUCUGUGGAGGAGUUCCAGUGUCUAAAUCGCAUCGAAGAGGGAACCUAUGGCGUGGUAUAUCGAGCCAAAGACAAAAGAACCAAUGAGAUUGUGGCUCUUAAGCGUCUGAAAAUGGAGAAGGAGAAGGAGGGAUUUCCAAUAACAUCACUCAGGGAGAUCAACACUCUUCUCAAGGGUCAACAUCCGAAUAUUGUGACCGUUCGCGAGAUCGUGGUCGGAUCAAACAUGGAUAAGAUAUUUAUUGUGAUGGACUAUGUGGAACACGACCUGAAAUCCUUGAUGGAAACGAUGAAGAAUCGUAAGCAGAGCUUUUUCCCCGGAGAAGUAAAGUGUCUGACUCAGCAGCUCCUGCUGGCGGUGGCCCAUCUCCAUGACAAUUGGAUAUUGCAUCGUGACCUGAAGACCUCCAAUCUUCUCUUGUCCCACAAGGGCAUUCUUAAAGUGGGCGAUUUCGGAUUGGCCAGGGAGUAUGGUUCGCCGAUCAAGAAGUAUACCUCACUUGUUGUGACUCUCUGGUACCGUGCACCGGAGUUGCUCCUUUGCUCGCCGGUUUACUCCACGCCCAUAGACGUCUGGUCGGUGGGCUGCAUUUUCGCCGAAUUCCUGCAGAUGUUGCCGCUCUUUCCGGGAAAAUCUGAAAUCGAUGAGCUUAACAGGAUCUUUAAGGAAUUGGGCACUCCGAACGAAAAGAUCUGGCCCGGAUACACCGAGCUACCCGCCGUGAAGAACAUGUUGUCACAGAACUCUCAGUUUACCGAGUAUCCCGUCUCUCAACUACGCAAGCACUUCCAGGAGAAGACCUCUGAAAUGGGUUUGUCGCUGCUGCAGGGUCUGCUGACGUACGAUCCGAAACAAAGACUGAGCGCCGACGCGGCACUAAAGCAUGGCUUCUUCAAGGAGCUGCCAUUGCCCAUCGAUCCCUCCAUGUUUCCCACGUGGCCGGCCAAGAGUGAAUUGGGAGCCCGCAAGGCACAAGCCUCAUCCCCCAAACCACCGUCCGGUGGCUCGCAGUUCAAGCAGCUAGGUCGCGAUGAGCCCAUCGCUGUGGGUCCGGGAAACAAGCUCUCAUCUGGGAUUAUCACUGGCAACAAGAAGAGCCACGGAGCUGGUGGAUCGUCGGCUAGCACGGGAUUUGUCCUGAACGCUGGAUUAACGCAACGCCAGUUGGCCAUGGGACCGGGAUUCAGUCUGAAGUUCUGAUUCUGUGUGUUUUUAGCCCAUUACGAUUACAAUUAAUUGUUAUGUAUAGUUAGCGAUGUAAGUGAAAAAUUUCGUUUAAUUGUAUGUGUAAAAAUAUUGUUCCAUAUAUAAUUUAAAAAG